AUGUUUGAACCAGACGUACACCAUGGAUUGAAUCAAGUCGACUACAUGUGGAGGAGAGAUUUUAUUUUUGUUAAAGACUCCCGUUACAAGCCCUCCAAAUGCCCCAAAUCGAGUCGUAGCACACGCCCAAGAGAAUUUUCUUUUUCUUCUUACAGUCUUCCUCUUUUCGCCGUUCUUCAAAUUUCUUUGAUCGAAGAGGAAUUCUCUGUUUCUCAAAGCUGUUAA